AUGGCCCAUCGUGACCAGCGCGCAUAUUCAGCUACGUCGGCCUUACCGCGGAGCGUGAGGAUCCAUUUGCCUUCUGUGACUUUGGCUUCCGUAGAGAAGGGUAGUCCCAUGAUGGAUCAUCUGCUAAUCCCGGGCCAGAUGCAGACCACAAUACCCGCGAAAGGCCAGUCCUCAGCUAAACGACUCGCUGCAGUGCGCAAAGUCCUCAUGCGCCUGCUUGCAUACACAGGUCUACUUUCGUUCCUCUGCCUGGCCACGGCCGACACGGUCGUUGACCUUGGCUACGCGAAGUACCGGGGCAACCUCAGCUUCCCGAACACAGUCGCGUACUUGGGUCUCCCGUACGCCGAGCCUCCCGUUGGAGAGCUUCGUUGGCGGGCUCCUCUUCCGCUGAACACGACACGCGUGAGCCAACAGGCUGGCGGUACCAUUGUUGAUGCGUCGUCCUACCCUGAGUUCUGCAUUCAGGGUACAACAGGCGACAUGCAAGACGGUGAUGCCGGAGGUGCAGGCAGCGAAGACUGUCUAAAAGUGAAUGUUUAUGCGCCAGCGAACGCGAAGGAGGGCGAUAAGCUUCUAGUGUAUAUCCAUGGUGGUGGCUACGUUUUUGGCAACCCCGCGAACUGGCCCUUCGAUAAUUGGGUACAUCAAGUCCCCUCCGUCGUCAUUGUCUCCGUGUAUUACCGCCUCGACUCGUUCGGCUUCCUCUCGCACCCAGCAUUUGCUUCGUCAUCCUCUCUGGGCGACCUCAAUGUCGGGUUCUCCGAUCAGAAUGCUGCGCUGCAUUGGGUACAAGAGCACAUUAAUGCCUUUGGCGGCGACCCCGGGCAGGUGACGAUUAAUGGCCAAAGUGCCGGCGGCUCCUCUGUAGAGCUGCAUCUCGUUGCGAGCGGACAGCAGGGUUUGUUCCAUCAAGCCAUCGCGCAGAGCGUUUAUCGAACGCCGUUGCCCAGUCCAGAGCAACAAGAGCCGCUGUUCAACUUCUAUGCAGAGAAGGCUGGCUGUGGUGGCUCGAGCACAGUUUCUGAUACCAUGGCUUGCCUUCGGAAAGCACCUGUCACCGCGCUUGCGCCGGCCCAAGAUGCGCCUUUCAACGGAUCAUAUAAUGCCUUCCAUCCUGUCCUCGAUGGCAAGAUCAUUCCCGACCGUCCAACACCCGCAAUCCUCUCCGGUCGCUUCGCAGACAUCCCGCUGAUGGUAGGCGCGACUUCGAACGAGUCGCUCUCUCUCGGUGCCACCAGCUUGAAUAGCGGCCUCCAAACCUUUUUCCCAGCACUCACGCAGGCCGAUCUCGCCGAGUUCAACCAGGUGUACGCCGUUUCUAACUUCGACAACUCUAGCCAGCAGAUCCGUGUUGGCACAGGCGAGAGCGAGCUGCGUUGUGCGGCGGAGAUUAUAGGCGGGGCGUCUGCACAGCAAAGGUCGGGCAAGACCUUUGUGUACAGGUAUAACACGGCCAACCCGACGGGCGGCGAUCCUCUGGUGGAACACGCCGCUGAAAACUGGAUGAUGUUCCGCGGGACAAACACAGGGUACGUCCCGUCGUUGGCCCCUCAUCUUGGUAUUUGCAUGCUCAAUCAUGGGCACCCUUCAGGUUUAAUGGCACAACAACCUUCUCGGCUAUGA